AAGGCGAAGUAGCCUGGCUCAGUUCAAGCCUCCGCGUGAAGACGAGGCAGCCAGUCAUCUCAUUGUUGCCAGCUCGGUUCAGCAAAGAAGUGAAGAUGGCCAAAGUCCCUGACCUCUUUGAAGACCUGAAGAACUGUUACAGUGAAAAUGAAGACUACAGUUCUGAAAUUGACCACCUCUCUCUGAAUCAGAAGUCCUUCUAUGACGCAAGCUAUGAGCCACUUCGUGAGGCCAUGAAUAAGUUUAUGUCCCUGGAUACCUCGGAAACCUCCAAGACAUCCAGGCUUAGCUUCAAGGAGAAUGUGGUGAUGGUGACAGCCAAUGGCAAGAUUCUGAAGAAGAGACGGUUGAGUUUAAAUCAGUUCAUCACCGAUGACGACCUGGAAGCCAUUGCCAAUGAUACCGAAGAAGAAAUCAUCAAGCCCAGAUCAGCACAUUACAGCUUCCAGAGUAACGUGAAAUACAACUUUAUGAGAGUCAUCCACCAGGAAUGCAUCCUGAACGACGCCCUCAAUCAAAGUAUAAUUCGAGAUAUGUCAGGUCCAUACCUGAUGGCUGCUACAUUAAAUAAUCUGGAGGAGGCAGUGAAAUUUGACAUGGUUGCUUAUGUAUCAGAAGAGGAUUCUCAGCUUCCUGUGACUCUAAGAAUCUCAAAAACUCAACUGUUUGUGAGUGCUCAAAAUGAAGACGAACCCGUCUUGCUAAAGGAGAUGCCUGAGACACCCAAAAUCAUCAAAGAUGAGACCAAUCUCCUCUUCUUCUGGGAAAAGCAUGGGUCUAUGGACUACUUCAAAUCAGUUGCCCAUCCAAAGUUGUUCAUUGCCACAAAGCAAGAAAAACUGGUGCACAUGGCAAGUGGGCCGCCCUCGAUCACUGACUUUCAGAUAUUGGAAAAAUAGCCUUGAUUGUGCACUCUACUUACUUGUAAAGUGGUGACCAUCCGUAUGUACUAUGUACAUGAAGGAGUCGAAUCCUUCACUGUUAGUCACUCGCUGAGCAUGUGCUGAGCUUUUGUAAUUCUAAAUGAAUGUUUACUCUCUUUGUAAGAGAGAACACAAAGUCCAGUAGAACCAACACUAACAUAUAAUGUUGCUUGUUAUUUAAAGAACACCCUAUACUUUGCAAGCUACCAAUCAAUUUAAUUAUUAUUCUGCACAGUAGUCUUGGGAGGACUGAGGCUACUAUCUGCGGCUACAAAAGGUUCUUUCCAUAUUAUAGAUGAGUAAACUAAGGCAUAAGAAUACUAAUACCAAAAAAAAAAAAAGAAUACUAAUACCCAUGACAGCAGUUGGAAUAAGCUGUGGACACACGAUUUCAUUCCAACUGCUCAGCUUUUACUUUUAAGCCGCUAUGAGCCCUUUAUCAAAUACUGUAAGUUUCUGGGGUCUCAGUUUGACCUUCUUCAAAAUCAAGGUAAUGGUGACUAUAGCCCUCCUACCUCAACAGUACUUUAUGCCAAUGAGUUCAUUUAAGUAAAAUUUUUCUUGAAGCUGAGCCUCAAGAAGAAUGCAAAGCUUGAAAUAUUAUUUUAAGUUAUUAUUUAAGUUAUUAUUAUGUUUAUAUUUAUAAGCAUUAUUUCUAAGAUAUUAUUAUUUCUAACAUAUUAUUAUAUUUAUGGCAAUUCAUUGCAAUAUCUUAGUACGACCAGGUAUCGUCAAUAAUAGUAGACGGUGUUUUCCAGGCUGAGUGAGUCUGAGGUUCAAAGUGCCUUUUGCAUUGUCAUGAACUUCUGUAUUUCAGUACCUGAGAGCCCUGUGAUUAUGAUAAUAAAUUUAUAUUAAUUGC